UCAAAGUAGGCAGCGCCCCUGGUGCUUUUCAUUGUCCGUUUGUCUUAGCGUCACUCAAACCAUGAAGCUUAACAUCGCUAACCCCCACACCGGGAUGCAGAAGGUCAUCGAAUGCGAUGACGAGCUCAAGCUCCGCGCCUUCUACGAGAAGCGCAUGGCGCAGGAAGUCGAAGGCGAGCACCUCGGCGAGGAGUUCAAGGGCUUCGUCUUCCGUAUCUCGGGCGGUAACGACAAGCAGGGUUUCCCCAUGAAGCAGGGUGUCCUCACCAACGGCCGUGCCCGCCUUCUUCUCUCGAAGGGCAAGACGUGCUACCGUCCCCGCCGCAAGGGUGAGCGCAAGCGCAAGUCGGUCCGCGGUUGCAUCGUCGGCCCCGAUCUUUCGGUCCUCAACCUCGUCGUCGUCAAGGCUGGCGACAACGAUGUCCCCGGCUUGACGGAUGGCCACAUCCCGCGCCGCCUCGGCCCCAAGCGUGCCUCGAACAUCCGCAAGCUCUUCAACUUGACGAAGGAGGACGAUGUCCGCAAGUACGUCAUCCGCCGCAAGUUCGACUCGAAGACGGGCAAGAAGAACGACAAGGCCCCCAAGAUCCAGCGCCUCGUCACCCCGCGCACGCUCCACCACAAGCGCCAGAUCGCCGCUCGCAAGCUCUCGCAGCGCGAGAAGGUCAAGAGCGACGCCGCCGAGUACUCGCGCCUCUACACCCAGCGUGUUAAGGAGCAGAAGGACCGCCGUGCCUCGGAGAUCGCCAAGCGCCGCAGCAGCCGUAAGGCUUCUGAGGUCAAGGCGGCCGCUGUCAAGAAGUAAGUGCGCUUGCGCCUUCUUCUAGCGGUGUGCAAGACUCUUGGACUACCCAUCGCGGUACCCUUCACGGGGAGACAACGUGGAGUGGACCACCAUUAAGCGAUGUAAUGAAGUGACAAACCGAA